AUGUUCAAAUACGCCAUUGUUAUCUUUGCUGUCAUUGCCUGUGCUGCUGCCAAACCCGGUUUGAUUGGUGCUCCUUUGGCUUACACUGCUCCUGCCGCCGUAGUUGCUGCCCCCGCUGGUGUUGUUACAGCCACCAGUAGCCAAUUUGUUGCCCGCAACCACAAUGGUAUUGCCACUGCUCCCAUUGUAGCUCCAGUAGCUGCCCCUGUUGCUGCUUAUACCGCCCCCAUUGCUGCUGCUUAUACCGCUCCCGUUGUUGCCAAAUACGCUGCUGCUUACUCUACUCCCUUGGCUUACUCUGCUCCUUUGACUUAUGCCGCCACUCCCUUGGCUUAUGCUAAUGCUCAUUUGGAUGCCGCUUAUGCCAGCAGUCGUGUUGACCUCAAGCAAAACUACAAUGCUGCCGUAGUUCCUGCCACUUAUGCUGCCGCCCCUGUUUUGUUGUAAAUUUAAAUAUUCUGAAUGAUUCUGCGAAAUUAAAUAAAUGAUCUGUGAUUAAACGAUUUUAAAAUUAAUAA